UUCGUCUUCCAGACUGAAACUUUAUGGAUCCUUAUUAUGAGCAGAGACUGAGAGACGAAGUCAUCUACCUCCAUUCUCUGUGGCACCAAGGUCUGCCCAGAAACCCUAACCCUGUCCCCGUCCCUCCGAUAACCCAACCCCACUUCUCUCUGCAGCAUUGCUCAUCAUCGCCGAACCCACACGGCCGUCGAAGGAAAUCGUCGAACCCACUCCAAUUCUCAAACCCCACCCCCUUCAAGCGGGUGUCUAGUUUCAGCAGAAACAAGAACGGAAUGGCCGGGAAUGACGGCUCUUUGACGGCGGCAGCAGAGCCCUCCGGUGGCGGUGCGGAGUGGCCCGUCCCAGUGCCUAAGGUCGACCCUUCAUCGGGCUUUUCUGAGUGGGCUCGCCAUAAGCCCGAGGCCUCCCGGACUCUGCCCACUGCAGAGGAGGCAGCCCAGCUGGCGGUGCUCCAAAUGCAGCAGCGGGUCUCGGAUAGUUUCCGUGAACUCUUGGCAAGGACGGCGGGGUCGGACAGUGAGGAAGCAGCAGAGGUGGACGACGAUGUGGCCGAGGAUGGCAGUUUGGAGGAUACUGAGGAGUACAAGUUCUUCUUGGAUGUGUUUGUGAGGGACAGGGAGCUUAGGAAUUACUAUGAGAAGAACAGUGCGAGCGGUGACUUCUGCUGCUUUGUGUGUGGCGGGGACAGGAAGCAAUGGAAGAAGAAGACCAAGAGCUGUGAGGGUUUACUGCAGCAUGCCAUGUCGAUAGCAAAGACUAAUCGAAGGCGCGCCCAUAGGGCUCUUGGGUUGGUGAUAUGCAAGGUUUUUGGCUGGGAUGUUGAUAGGCUGCCCGCUAUUUUGGUAAAGGGAGAGCCCCUUAGUCGUUCUCUGGCAAGUUCGGGUGAUCUUGAGAAGUGUGAGACCACGGAAAGCUCGGAAGUUCGUGAGAAAGUUUCAGCAGCAGAUACUUCAGGAUUAUUACAGUGCAAGUCUAAGGAGACUUUGGAUGUCAAGAAGGAUGAUGCUAGUGCAGUUGCAUUGCAGGAUGAUAUACCCUCUGGUGGUGAAUGGCCUUCACGAAAAGUUACCACUAGCCCUGAUUCAGCAGUACGUAAGUGGCCAAAUUGGCCAUCAGAUUUUUCUAAUAUUUCAGUUUCAGCUGAGGAAGUAGCAAGAAUUGCUGCCGAGCAAAGGGUCUUGGAAGCAUGCCGAGAUUUUUUUCGUCAUGAGUAUGGUCCUGAAUUUGAUUGUGAUGAAAAGGAUGAAGAUGAUGGUAUGACAGAUGAAGAAGGAGGAGAAGGAGGAGGAGAAGAAGGAGAAGGAGAAUCUGAAGAAUCUAAGUUUUUCAUGAAGUUGUUUAUGGAGGAUUCUACAUUGAGGAAUUACUACGAGAAAUGUUAUGGGGAUGGAGAUUUCCUUUGCCUGGUCUGUGCUGGGUUAGGGAAGAAGACUUGGAGAAGGUUCAAGGGUUGCACUGGGCUUCUUCACCAUUCAAACACUAUAUGGAAGACAAAGAAGAAAGCUCACAGGGCUUAUGCCAGAAAUGUGUGCAAGGUUCUUGGUUGGGAUAUCAAUAAACUCCCCCAAAUUGUCCGCAUCUCUGAACCUCUGACUAGCUCUUUAGUGGACUCCACCAUUAUGCCGGAUUCUGUACCUUUGUGCACCUCUGGCUCAGAAUGGCAGCGUGAAGACAUUAGAGAUGGUACUGAUCCAGCACAAUCUGAGUGGUCGAGUCUGAAGAUUCCAUCAGACCUGGUGGGUGAUUCAGUUUCAGCUGGGGAGAAAGAGAGACUAGCUGCAGAGCUGAACGUUUUGGAAUCCUGUCGAGAUUUCUUCCACUGCAAGUAUGGGCCUGAAUAUAAUGAGGAGGAGGACCAGUGGGAUUGGAUGGAUGAAGAAGAAGAGGAAGAGGAGGACGAGGAUGAAGAUGAGCUGAUUGAUCGGGAAUCUGAAGAAUUUAACUUCUUUGUGAAGUUGUUUACGGAGAAUGCCAACUUGAGGAGCUACUAUGAGAACAGUCAUGGAGACGGAGAUUUUCUCUGUCUGGUCUGUGGUUCGGUGAGGAAGAAGGCUUGGAGGAGGUUUAAGGGUUGCAUUGGGCUCCUUCAGCAUUCUAAUACCAUAUGGAAGGUUAGGAAGAAAGCUCACAGGGCUUAUGCAGGGGCUGUGUGUAAGGUUCUUGGUUGGGACAUGGAAGGGCUUCCCAGAAUUGUCAGCAUCUCGAAAACUCUAGGCCAGUCCUUAUCUAAUUCUGCCAGUAUUCAGGAUUCUGCACCUUUGCUUGCCUCUGGUGCUGAAUGGCCUUGUGAGGAUAUCAUAGAUGGUCCCAAUGCACCAGCAUCAGAGUGGCCAAGUCCGAAGCUUUCAUCAGAAUCGGUAUCGGCUGAGGAAAAAGAGAAAUUAGCUGCUGAGCAAAAGGUCUUGGAGGCUUGCCGGAACUUCUUUCGCGGUAAGUAUGGACCCGAACUUGAUGAGGAUGGAGAUGACGAAGAUGAAGAUGAGUUGACUGACGAGGAGGACAUCGAAGCAGACACCGGAGAAGACACCAUGGAUCGCAAUCCUGGGAACAGUGAGGAAUUCAAGUUUUUCGUAAAGUUGUUUACGGAGGAUGAGAAACUGAGGAGUUUCUACGAGAACAAUCACAGCAGCGGAGGCUUUUGUUGUCUCGUCUGUGCAGCCGUUGAUAAGAAGGCUUGGAAGAGGUUCAAGGGCUGCGUCGGGCUCCUUAAUCAUACAAACACGGUUUUGGAGACAAAGAUAAAGGCUCACAGGGCUUACUCGCGGGCUGUAUGCAGAGUUCUUGGUUGGGAUAUCGAGCAGUUACCGAGAAUUGUUUGUGUUUCAGAACCUUUGAGUCGAUCUCUGGCAAAAUCCAAUGCCGUGCAGGGUGAGGCGAAGGUAAAAGAUCACAGGAGUCCAAGCGUCUCGGAGAAUCCGGAGCCCAAAGAAAAUCCCUGAGCUUCUUGCCUGGUGAACCCCAUCAGUCCACAUCGAUGAUUGACGGUCCGUCUUCAUUGGAUUCACGUAUGACUAGAUUUUGCGAUCGAGGAUUCAGUUCUGACUUCGUUCCGUUCACGGACCCGGGUUAUUUUGUUAAGAAAUGGUGUAAAUAUAUACAUUCGGGGGGACAAUCUAGACACAAACUUGCUCUUUGCCCUUUUUUUUUUUUUUUUUUUUUUGGAUAGGUCAACUUGCUCUUUGCUCUUGCAAAUGCUACUUCUGUGCUUUAGACUCCUUAAUCAUGCUUCCUUACCUAUUUUGCCUUGUGCCUA